CAAAGACGUUGUUGGAGUAUGGCUGAGCAAGGGGGGACAGCAAACAUAGGGGUUGUUCAGAGAAUGCUGUCCGUUGUUGGUGCUCACAGUGUGGCCAGCAGCAUGUGGGGCUACGUGGACACCACAAUCAGGUGGUGCUGGAUUCCUAACUGGUUGCCAUCCUGGUGUCCCACUUCUACAAGCCAGCUACAGGCUGCAGAGGAUUGCAUGCUGCGGUGUGUCAACAGUUCUUUUACCAAACAGUUCAUUCCUAUCUCCAGUGGCAAUCUGCUUUGGACCCUUACCUUUUGCAAUGAGAGCGUCAAACAUAAAACUCCCAUGGUUCUGCUGCAUGGAUUUGGAGGUGGUGUUGGUCUUUGGGCUCAGAACCUGGAUGCUCUCUCCCAGCGUCGGCCCAUCUUCGCUCUGGACCUGCUGGGCUUCGGUCAGAGCACCAGACCUCUGUUCUACACAGAAGCCCAGGGAGCAGAGGAUCAGUUUGUGGAGUCUAUUGAACAGUGGAGGACUAAAGUGGGUCUGGAGUCCAUGAUACUGCUUGGCCACAACCUGGGAGGAUACCUGGCUGUGUCAUAUGCUAUUAGAUAUCCAGGCAGAGUGAAGCACAUCAUCCUGGUGGAGCCCUGGGGUUUUCCUGAGGGUCUAGACACAGUAGAAGCUGACCGUCCUAUCCCCAUGUGGAUCAAAGCCCUCGGUGCCAUGUUCAGGCCCUUCAACCCGUUGGCUGGCCUACGACUGGUAGGACCGCUGGGUCCCUCUCUGGUCCAGACCUUGAGACCUGACUUUAAGAGGAAGUUCUCCCCCAUGUUCAGUGACAACACUGUGUCGCAAUACAUCUACCACCUCAAUGUGCAAACCCCCAGUGGAGAAACAGCUUUUAAGAAUAUGACUGGUCCCUGCGGCUGGGCAAAGAGGCCAAUGCUGCACAGGAUGGACAGACUGCAUCCUGACAUCCCCAUCACCAUCAUUUACGGCUCCCGCUCCAGCAUAGACAGCAACUCAGGAAGCACCAUCAAAGAAAUGAGACCACACUCUCAUGUGGACAUCAUAACAAUCCGUGGAGCGGGACACUACGUGUACGCUGACCACGCUGAGGACUUCAACAAUAGAGUUUUACAAGCGUGUGAUAAAGUGGACUGAAAGCAGAAGUGAACUUGGUUAUUUAACUCUGGAGAGAAAGGGGAGCACAAAUAACAAACAUCACUGAAUCAGCUGAUGUGGAACCUCAGGAUCCCCUUUUCCCCAAGAAAAUAUAAUAGUGUUUAUACAUUUUUAAAAAAAAAUUCUCAAAUGAGCAGUAAUCUGAGUUUCACUUGUACAUCAAGACACACUGAAGUGUGAUGAACAGAGGCUCUGAGAUAGCAUAGUUUACCAAUUCCACUAUUUAAUGCUAUUUAUCAGAAUCUUUAAAUAAUGCCUGGGGGAAUAUGUCACAUGCCUCUUUUCCAUUCCACUAUUAAGCACUAAGAUAAUUAGUGUGAUAGCUUCUUGGUCAGUUAAGUGAAGAAUUAGUUAUACAGUAUUUUCUCAGAGCUGUCUCUCUCUCUCUUAUGUAUGAUGUAAAAAAAAAAAAAAAAAAGAGGCAUUUUGAAUAUCAGAUAUUCUGCUGAGCACAACCACAAAGCGCUAGUGUUAGCGUGAAUGUACAUUAUUGUUAUUUUAUAGCCGGUGUAGUCAUCUGAUCCAAACAUGCAAGAAAAUAUUCUGAAAUAGCUGUUUUUUAUAAUAUUGUAAAAAUCUUUCAAAAGUCAACUGAUAUCAUAGGUUUGUAUAUUUUGGUUAAAAAGUAAUGCAGUCACACAAUAUUUUAGGAUACCAGUGUUAUAAUAUAAUUAUAGUUACAUAUCAGACUGAAACAGAACCAGUGUUCAGAAAGCUCAGUUACACUGUCAUGAAUUAAAUGUGUCCUGCGCAGUGCUUAACCUGUGGUUUGUGGUUUGUCCAUAUGAUUCUCUUAGGAAGUAUUCUCUUUAGAAUACAGUACCACUGCAUCGGCACCAGGAGGAGGUUUUAGAUUAUUCUGCCGCUGACAAUAACCUGUCUCUCCUCUGUGUUUUAAUAUGGGCUUUUGUUUCAAACUCGCUUGUUUGUUUCAGUUGUGUUAAUUGUGAAUGCCAUCGGAAAUGUUGUUGUAGCCUCCAAGCUGGUGUACAAUUUAUGCCUUUGUUUUUCCAUGGCUCACAGACAGUAAACAAUAUGCUUGUGUGGCAGCAUAAAGGAGCCAAAGCAGCAGUGGUCCAAACAGUAUUAUUGUAACAAUGGCAACGUAUUUGCCUUAAUUUAUGGAUUGUUUAUUUUGGGUGAGGGCUUUUUUUCCCCAAAACCCUCAAUGAAGAUAAAGCCUUAAAUUUAUAAUUUAGUUUUGUACUUUUUUUUGCUGGACUCUACUAGAACUUAAUGUGCCUUUGGACCGGAAGGUUAUUAAACCAGUUUUGAUGCAUCAAAUGUUAUGCUGUUGUGUUAUAGACGUCUGCCUUUGCAACAUGGCACUGUGUCAUCAACUUUGCUCGUUAAAAUGUCUCUGAACAGAAUCUUCUUACUCUACACCAGCCUCCAUAAUGAGUUCUGAAAAUUAGAAGCAGUGAUGAUUCACAUGUUUCACCUCUCGGGCUAUGUAGACUCUACAGCCCUGUGCUUUGAUUGGUGGAUAUUUGUACCUGCUGCUUGAGAAGAGGAGAGCAGACAAGAUGGUGAUCUGCAGAAAAUCUCCAUCUUUUUUUGUACAUGGAAAAAAAAAACACAUUUUUGCUUCUAUAGUCAAUAUUCAGGCUCUUUAAAUGCUAAACAAUUUAGUGAAUUAUUACAAGAAUACUGCACAUAUCAGAUUAUGAUAAGGAAAAAUAAACAUUUUAAUAAUAAUGUUUAUUUGAUAAAGUCCCCUAUAAACACAAACAUUAGACAAAUGAAAUAAAUGAUGCAAAAAUUGAGAAAUAUUUCAUGGCCUGAUAUCAGGAAUCUGUUUUUUAAAAUGUCAGUGUAAUGGUUAAUUUAGGUUGACAUAAACAAAAGCAAACCCAGAGCUUGCUUCCAGUUACAACAGAAAGCAGGAUGUGUGGUUUGUAGGCAGGACAGGUUUACCAAAAGAUGCUCGCAAGUUGCAUUACAGCAUGUGUGGAAUCCAGCGUUUUUGAAGCUUGACCAGAUAUUACAAGCUGCACUGGUGUUGCCUGUAUUUCACUGCAUUCCUUUUUAAAUAUGUCUUUGACAGGUCCACUAAUUUAUUAAAGUGCAAUACUAAAUCACUGCAGUGCCCCUUAAUGCCAGCAACUGCAGAUGCAAUGUAAAUUUAUAUAAUUUGCAUAUUAAAGUAGGAAUUCUGCAGAGGGACUCACUGGACUCGUAUGCUUCAUUAUCUUGUGGUGCUGGUUUAGAAAGGCUAUUGUUUGGCCUAAAAUGUUUGAAUAGUUUCAUAGUUAUUGUCAGUAGUACAAAGGGCAGAGAACAAAUGUUUGGAGGCCUUAGGAAUGAAGAAAAGGGGCACAACGUCUACACAGUCAAGAGGAAAUAUAUUUUGCCGACUAUAAUGAGCUUAACAGUCGUUGUAAACAUGUAAAGAAAAAGACAGUUUUUUUGUGCAAAUUGUUAUUUUUAUUUUGCUCCUAAUAAUGUACCACCAUUUCUACCAUACUGAAAAUGUAAACACAAAUAAAAUGUUUGCCAUAG